ACAAGUCAAAUCUCUGACUCGCAUGCCUACUGUGAAUAUUGCCGGACUGACUUCUCAGUGAAACACGGUGGACGUCACGAUUGCAUCGUUCAUGUAGGUACAAAAAAACAUCAACAAUUUGCAAAAUCUAUUGGAAAUCAUAAAUCUAUGCGUGAAUUUGUAGUGAGUACAGGCGAAGAUAAUGCAGUGAUAAAGGCAGAGACACUUUUUGCAAACUUUAUUGUUGAGCACAAUCUCCCAAUUGCUGUUUCGGAUCAUAUCGGUCCACUUUGCAAAGCUGCAUUUCCGGACUCAAACAUCGCCAACAAGUACGGAUCAGGCCGCACAAAAACCACUGCCAUAAUCGAAACCCUUUCAAAUGACACGUCAAAGUCUUUAGCCUUGGAAUUAUCGCUGGGUUAUUUUUCAUUGAGCACGGACGGCAGCAGUGACACAACAACCAGUCAACUGUAUCCAGUUGUAGUGAGAUAUUAUGACGGGUCUCUUGGAAAAAUCGUCACGCAAUUACUAUCGCUACCAGCAAUGCAAGAAGUUUUGAGUACUGGAGAGAACAUAUUUAAUUUACUCAACAGAAAUUUGGAGAAAUUUAACAUCCCAUGGCAACGAUGUGUGAGCUUCUGUUGUGAUAAUGCCUCUGUUAUGGUUGGAGUUCACAAAGUGGUUGCAGCGUUUGUGCACAAGGAAAAUGAAAAUGUAUAUGUACAGGGAUGUCCUUGCCACUUGGUACACCUUGCAGCCCAGUAUGCAGCUGCAAAACUACCACUAUCAGUGGAAGAUCUGUUGAUUGACUUGUAUUAUUAUUUCGACAAAAGCAGCAAGAGAAAUAAACAACUAAAACAGCUACAGCAGCUCUGUGACAUCGAAACCAGAGGAAUCAUCAAGCAUGUAAAUACAAGGUGGUUGAGUGUUGGCAAAUGUCUUGACAGGCUAUUGGAACAGUGGCCUGCUCUACUAAAGUUCUUCACAAGCAAAGAGAGUCCUUCAUCUUCUGUCACUAAAGGCUCCAGUGGGGCACACCCUGGCGGACCAGAUAAAAAAGCACAGCCUCAUAGUGACAGACCACAUGAAAGAGCACAGUCUAGCAGUGCACAACAGCCUACUGUAACAGCACAGCUUAAACAGAGUCAGGUUCAUAAGAAGCCUGGUCCCAAGCAGAUGCCUUCUAUAAGUGGGAAGUUGGUUCACACUUCAAUACCUACAAAGCAAAAGGUUUGUAGUAAAGAGUCUUCAGCCAAAGCCCAAGAAGAAGGACACUGUCAGAAGUUGAAGAGGCCUAGUUCAGAUUCACAGAAGAAAUCCCUCUCCACAUCUGGAAAAACCAAACCAAGAGAGAGCAUGCCAUUAUCAACUAAACAGGAUAGAAUCAAGUCUUGCUUUGAGAGGGCAUCCACAAAGUUGUAUUGCUUAUUUCUGCAAGCAAGUAUUCCAGCAUUUGAUAAACUCAAUCUCCUGUUGCAAAGUGAUAAGCCUAAUAUCCAUGUCCUUGGCAGGGAAUUACAAGCCAUUUAUACAGAUCUUAUCUGCAAGUUUGUUAAGCCAGCUGUAUUGGUAGCAGCCUCCAGUGUGUACACAGUAGAUUUUAGAAGUCUCAACAACCAGAAAUCUGAGAAUGACCUGGUGAUUGGAACAAAGACCAGACAAUAUCUGCAUGCUUGCAUUGCUGAUGAAUCACUGCAACAUGAAGAUGUGAAGCUCUUCUACUCUUCUGUAAAGGCAUACUUUUCAGAGGCAUGCACAUACAUGCAGAAGAAAUUUCCUCUUCAGGAUGAACUGCUUAGGAAUGCCCAAGUGGCAGACAUCAGUCAGCGGGAGAAGGUGUCAUUUGACUGUGUCCGUUAUUUUGUGGACAGAUUUGGGCUGGUCAAAGAAGAUGAAAUGGAUGAACUGGAGUCCCAGUUUUCGGCCCGCUGUUUUAUGGAGAGUGCUCUAGCCCCAUCCUCACGCUCAGCUGACUCUACUGCCUGGUCCUCCGUAACCACCUUCUACGCCCAGAAUCGUAUUUCUCACUCCAUCUUCAGCACCUGCUGGCCUCUAUCACUGCUGCGGGGAGCCGGGGGUCCUUCUUUUGGGGGGGAAGUGAUUUUCACUCCCCCAACCGACCGGGUCAGCCUCCUGCCCAAGUCACUGCCCUCCCCGGCGGUUCCUCGCUGGCUAGAGGGGACCCCCGGCCACAGCUAUUCUGUCGCAGCUCAUGCGCUAGCCUCACCAAGGCCACAACCUUGCUAUCCCAUCUACCUCGUUUCUUUUCAGGUCCGAGCACCUUUCUGCCAGUUCUGGCUGGCCGAGUCCCCACCUGCCGAGCCGGGCCCCGCCAAGGGGGGGGUCCUCUAUUUUCGUCUCUCCAACACGGACCCGAGACUCUUUAUCCUAACUCCACACCACCCAGCUGCCAGCCACGCUGCCUGGGGCUGCUGCACUGAGUAG